AGAGAGCAUUGGAUAGAGAAUUUUCUUGGGAAAGUAAUAGAAGAACGAAGACUAAGGAAGAAAAACUAAGAUCUGUUUAUAUUCGACGCGUCUUCUUCGUUCACCUAUAAGAGGGGAAGAAGGUGAUUUUUUUUGUUUAUUUGUUGUGGAAAUGGAUGAUGUUGCUGGUUUACAAGAGGCAGCUGGAACCAGAUUUAGCCAGUUUGAGUUAAUCGGAAGAGGAUCGUUUGGUGAUGUCUACAAAGCGUUUGAUACGAAGCUUAACAAAGAUGUUGCCAUUAAAGUUAUUGAUCUGGAAGAAUCAGAAGACGAGAUUGAAGAUAUACAGAAGGAAAUUUCAGUAUUGUCACAAUGCCGUUGCCCAUAUAUUACCGAAUACUAUGGUUCUUACCUUCACCAGACCAAGUUAUGGAUCAUCAUGGAAUAUAUGGCUGGUGGCUCAGUUGCUGACCUUCUUCAACCGGGUAAUCCAUUGGAUGAAAUUUCAAUUGCUUGUAUUACGCGCGACCUACUUCAUGCUGUUGAAUAUCUCCACGCUGAGGGAAAAAUCCACAGAGAUAUUAAAGCCGCCAAUAUUUUGUUGAGUGAGAAUGGUGAUGUUAAGGUCGCGGACUUUGGUGUUUCUGCACAAUUAACCCGGACAAUAUCAAGGAGAAAGACAUUUGUAGGAACACCAUUUUGGAUGGCACCAGAAGUGAUUCAGAACUCAGAAGGGUAUAAUGAGAAGGCAGAUAUAUGGUCUCUUGGAAUAACAAUGAUCGAGAUGGCAAAAGGAGAACCUCCCCUUGCUGACCUUCAUCCUAUGAGAGUGCUUUUUAUCAUUCCCCGGGAAAGCCCUCCUCAGUUAGAUGAGCAUUUUUCACGUCCUUUGAAGGAAUUUGUUUCGUUCUGCUUGAAAAAGGCUCCUGCUGAGAGACCAAGUGCCAAAGAACUUCUCAAACAUAGAUUUAUAAAGAAUGCUAGGAAAAGCCCGAAACUACUUGAAAGAAUAAGAGAGCGGCCAAAAUACCAAGUAAAAGAGGACGAAGAGAUUCCAACAAACGGUCCAAAAUCUCCCGUGGAAUCAUCUGGGACUGUUAGAGUGGCUGGAGAUGAGAGGGGCCAGGGAACUUCUGGAACUAGUUUUCAGGUAAAAACUGUCAGAAAUGCGGGGUGGGACUUUAGCUUUGGGGGUUCACAGGGUGCUGGAACUGUUCGAGCUUUAAAACCUCCACAAGCCAGGGAAAGGCGCCAAGAAGUUAGUUCUAAUCAGACUUCUCAAAAAACAUCACGAGCCAGUGGUAGUCAAUUGUCAUCCACUUUUGGUGUCCCUGAAAUCUCUGAAGGAGGUUUUAUUAAAAGAGAUUCUUAUCAGAAUGACUAUCAAGAAGAAGAUGAUUCAAGUGGUUCUGGAACUGUUGUCAUAAGAUCUCCGAGAAACUCUCAGUCAUCUUCAAUGUUUCGUGAUCAAAGCUCUGGGUCUGCCAACAGGUAUACGUCUUUUGAUGAUGCUUCUACAAGUGGAACAGUCGUUGUCCGUGGGCAGAAUGAUGAUUCUGGAUCACCUCGAACACCAAGAUCUAGACUAGGGCUUCAAGAAAGAAGUUCCAGUGCCUCAGAAGAUAGCAUCUCAAAUCUUGCAGAGGCAAAAUUAGCACUUGAAGCAGGAUUCAGAAGAGGGAAUGCUAGGGAAAAACUUGGAAAUGGGAAGGUUAACAAAAGAAGGGAACAAGCAACAGAUAAUUCUGAUUACUUGAGAAAUUCCCGCGAUCAUUCUGAUAAACAGAAACCAGUCAUAAGAUCACAACAAGUGAGUGAUGAUGAAGAUGACUCCAAAUUAGCAUCAUUGUCUGCAUCAUUGUCACUAUUGCUAUUACCAUCCCUAAAAGAGGCUGUUGGGGGUGACGACUCAAAAGGAUCUGUUGGACAUAGAGUUUCUAGAUCCUUAGUGAACAUGGAACGCGAAAAGCCUGGUUCUUCGGAAGCUUUUAUUGCCAAACUGAUCGAACAGUUGGGAAGUACAAAGGAAGUGUCAGUGAAAGAAGUGCAAGACAUGGCGAUCCGUGUGUUCGCUAAGACGAUGAACAAUGAUGCAGAGAACAAAAGAAAGCAAGCUAGCAAAGAAUUUAGUUCCAAUGCAAACUUUAGUCCACUUGCAAGAUUCUUAUUCUCAAGAUGGCUAGGUCAAACAUCGCGUGAUCUUAACCAAAGUUGAGACACGCACAGAAGACAGAACAUAAGAAUGUUGUUUGUGUGUCUUUUACAUUGAUUUGAUGCAUUGAAUUUUGGUAUUUAUGUGUAUAAUUUUUCAUCAGAAAAAAGGGUGUAUUUAUAAAAUUUUAAGUUUCUU